AUGUCUAUCCCACAGCCUCGACCCUCACCAACUCACGGUCCGGUCGAACCUAUAGACCCCGUAAGCAUACUCUGUUUUACUGAUGCAGCUUGGCACGCCACCUCGACCAAAGCAGGUUGUGGCUGGAUUUUCAUCUCCCAACAGGAUGAUCAACUGCACCAAGGCACGGCGAUGUUCGAAAACACAUCGUCAGCCCUAGUAGCGGAGGCACUAGCUAUCAGGUCGGCUCUACUCAACGCCCUCGAAGUCGGUUUUACAAGAAUCUGGAUCAAAACAGAUUGUCAAGCACUUGUGGCUUUUAUCAACUCGAAGAAUCACCCGAAGGAUCUCUACGGAAUCUCCCGGGACAUCGAGCAUCUAUCUCUCUCCUUUGAUUGUAUUAGUUUUUCCUAUGUUUCCAGAAACUUAAACUCCAAAGCUGAUUCACUAGCUAAAUCAGCAUUGUAUCUGACCACCACCAACUAUUCUUAG